AUGUUACGGAGGUUAUUCUCGUGGCAUGGUAUGUCAGCCCUCACACGUUCAAGGAUUUUAAUCUCACGGAAUCAGACAUGGUACUGGCAUCGAGCGCCCGAUCCGGGUUCCCGUUCCCGCUCGAUGUACAACCGCGAUGAUUUUGAGAAAUGGGACGUUGAAGCCGAACAACCAGCGGACCUUGUCAUCAUGCAAAUGGGAGGGAAUGACCACCGACACCCGAACGAGAUUCCCGGCACCGACUUUUACCACGCGUACGUGGAUCUGAUCGAAGAUAUACAUAAAACUUGGCCGCAUGCAAUUAUUCUUAUCAUGUCGCAAUGGGGCCCAUGGAAGAAAGAAGGUACUCAGUAUGUGCCGCGCACCGUCUACGAGCAAGAGACCAAACGCGUACAUGAACAUUUCAAGGAUAAGGGAUUUGUCUACUAUUUUCCCACCGAGGGAAUCCUGCAGCAUAACGAUAUCAACCCCAAGGACCAUCCGACGGAUGUGGGCCACAUCAAGUUGGCGAGCCAUUUGCUUCAGUGGACAAAGCUCAUCUUACGGUGGAACCUCGAGCCGACAGGAGAGGUGCAACAUGGCACGCUGUACUGGAAUAAUCAGCAGGAGUAUUAG